AUGCCCGAUAUGAGAUUGCCUGUAAAUCCACAUUCUUUGGAGAUUGAGAGUGCCCAAGCAUGUGAAUUGGCUUGCCUGAAUAACUGUUCUUGCAUGGCUUAUGCAUAUGAUGGUGGGUGUUCAGUAUGGGAAGGAGAUCUCUUGACUCUGCAACAAUUCUCACAAAGUGAUAGUGGUGGAGGAAAUCUAUUUCUCAAACUUUCUGCUUCCGAGCUUUCAAGUUCUGGAAGUAAGAAGGGGUCACUUAUAGAUGCUACUGUUGGUGUUAUUUUAGGGGUUGUACUGCUCUUGGGAUCUGUUAUAUCGCUAUUCUGGUGGUGGUGGAGAAGGAACGUAUUUGGACCUUUAAAUCAAACUGGUGGUUUUUUUGUUCAGUUUUCAUAUAGAAACUUACAAAUUGCAACCAAGAACUUCUCCACACAGAUAGGAAGUGGAGGAUUUGGUUGUGUCUUUAUAGGGACAUUGCCUGAUUCGACUGUUGUAGCUGUGAAGAAACUUUUUGAAGGCCUCAAUCGAGGAGAAAAGCAGUUCCGAUCUGAAGUAAGCACGAUUGGGAUGAUUCAGCACAUUAACCUCAUUCGCCUACAUGGAAAAGACUUGGAGAUUUCAGAUUGGAAAACAAGAUACCAAAUCGCUUGUGGAACAGCAAGAGGACUAACUUAUCUACAUCAGAAAUGCAGAGACUGCAUCAUACAUUUUGACAUCAAACCUGAGAAUUUAGACCCAGAAUUCUGUCCCAAGGUGGCAGACUUUGGCAUGGCAAAGCUUGUUGGCAGGGAAUUUAGUCGGGUGUUAACAAUCAUGAGAGGUACAAUUGGAUACCUUGCACCCGAAUGGAUUUCAGGUGCAGCAAUCACAGCCAAAGCUGAUGUUUACAGCUAUGGUAUGAUGCUGUUCGAGCUUAUAUCGGGGAGGAGAAACUCUGAUCUGUAG